AUGAAGCAAUUCUCUUGGCCUUCUGCCGGUGCCGUCUUCCUUCUUCUUUCCUGUUUCUCCACCAGAUCAUCUCUGGUUUCUGCUGAUGAUAUAAAGACGUUAUAUAUCGGAGGUUUAUUUCCAAUUACCGGUUCUUCAACUGCUUGGGAUGGAAAAUCGCUUCUGGACAUCAGUGAGGAAGCCAUAAACAUGAUCAAUAAUCGAUCAGAUGUUUUACCGGGGUAUCAACUUCAACUGUUCUGGAAUGACACAAAGGUAUUUAUAAUUAUCUGCAUUCUACAAACUUAAUCGUGCUUCUAAAGACGUUAUUGUUCACAGGACAAUUUUCUUGCUCCUUAUCACAAAGCCAUUGAAUGAGAGUAAUCUCUUAUUUUUCUUGUAAGUGAACGCCAGAGACACUAGCAGAAAAUAGUAUUUCACUCUCUGAAAACUAGCUGGUUUUUUUUUAGCAUGUAGCUUAGCUCAGGAGACCUCCAUUGAAAAUCACUUGGUGCUGUUUCUUUAUUUUUUGGAAAGCAAUUUUCAAACAGUUUAGUCUUACAGAUUCUUACUAUAAUUCAUAAGUCGCUUUAACAAACAAAUGUAAGUCCCAUUUCGUGCCAUUUAACAUUCCUUUGAGUGCUUCGAUUGCUAUUCCUUGACCUCGGUGACACUUAACUCAGUUCGCCGCAGAUGACUUUAGUGCCUGUGGUUUAAUACUUCCGAAACGUCUCUUUGGUUUUUCGUGUUCUUAAAACUUUAUUUAAUAGUCUUGAUUGUAUACCACGAUUUCAGUAAAUGGUUUAGUACUGGGCUCGGUGAUGUUUAGCAAUGUCUUUUAAUAGAUAAAAGCUUACAUGGAAACAUGAAAAAUAAACACGAACCAUUUGAGAAUUCAGCUUUUCUGGAAAUGAGUUCAGUUAUUCCUAAGACGCAGACUAACAAAAAAAAAGUAAUUAUGAGAAAAAAACCUUCGACAGAGCGACUUAACAAUCGUCAGAAAACCUCCUACGACUUAUUAAGACCAAACAUUUUUCCUAUAGUUUGUAUUGUUAACAACAAAGGCUGUCAAAAGUUGCAAUUUUUAUUCAUAACAUUCUUUACAGUGGAUGGCACGUGGAGAAUAGUGUUUUUUUUGCCAGACUAGGUAAAACUGGGAAAAGGCGAUGGCUGAAAAUUACGGUGUACUCGUACGAAAACAUCCCACGCUCACGCGAAUAGGCUGUAACUUUAUUUUUGGUAAUUCAUAUUCGUAUAAAUGAUAUGAACGUGACUAUACUGUUUGUAUGCGGAACUACGGCAGGCGAUUAGAUCACAUUUAUUUGCCCAUUCUCUAAGCUUUUUGUAUCAAAAUCCACGUUUUAAAAUUUAGUACUAAUAACUGAGCUUCUGGGUCACUGUGUCAUGAAUUAUUUGUUAAUUCCGUCCUGCGAGAAGUUUCGAACUAAAAUAACCGAAAACUGAGGACACUUCUCUAUCUAUUACAUAGAAUAUUCAUUAGGAUCGGACCCGCUGUCACAAUACUUUAAUAGUUAUUGUUGGGUUUGUUUCAUGCAUCAGCAUCAUUUCUCCUCAGAAAGAAUAUCUGUCGAAUAAUAGCCGCCCUUCUAUUAAUCGCCACCCUCGAAUAAUUGCCCCCCUUUGAUGCGGUAGUUAAUUUUCUAACCCAUUAGUGGCUACUUUUUUUAAGUACCACUCUUAAGGAAACCGAGCUAUGAAAAAACGCAACGGACAGAAAUAAAGUCCGUAAGAGCUCAGUCUUAGGACUUCAUUCAUUAAUAAAGCACUUGAAGUAUUCUAUUUUCACAAAGAGAUAUUAUUCAGUAACUUCACAUUGCACCAGUGUUUUUUUACUUGCUAAGAGCUCUUUUUCGUUCGACCUUUGCGAUAUGAGCCGAUCAAGAUGGUUCUAGUUGAUCACCUGCAAGAGCCCAUGACGUCUGUGCUCCUGACACGUGAUAAUAUAUCGCUCACUUGUCACUAGUUAUUGCACUGAUAUCAAUAGAGAGAUGAUGAAGCAUCACGUUCAAGGCCCAGAUCACAAGUGACCAUUUUCCCACCAAUUUAUUUCUUGAAAACCCACCCUUGAAGGGCAAGGCGGCUAAAACACAAUUUGUACAUCUUGAUGAUGUCAUUUAAUCUCCUGACUGUGUUGCUCUAAGAAGUACCUGUUAGACACACAUAUUUCAAGUCCGGGGGGGUACUUUAGGAAUUUCUGGGUGGGGAUGUGCCGCUGGGACCCUGGAACCCUUAACCUAUACCAGAGCUAGUUCAGCUGAAUUUUGCUACCCUAUCCUAGAGUAAACUCCCCAAAUCCCCCUAUCCUAGAGUAGCUGUUUACCUAGUCUAGAUAAAAUCUUCAACCAAAUGAUCAGUUUCCUGAAAAAUGAUACCCUAUUCUAGACAUUCUAGACCCAAACGCUCUGAUUUAUAUACCCUAUCCUAGAGUAAACUGCUUGAAAACCAUACCCUUCACAGCGGCACAUACCUAUAUAGCCCAUAUAUGGCAGUACCCCCCCCGGGAUUUCAAGUGUGACCACUUUCUCUCUUAACCCUCAGACCCAGGGUCCACAAACAAAUUCUUCAAACGGAUCCCCACAUGUUUCCCCAAAGGAUCACUGAAGAGAAUGUUAUAAAAGUUUAAAGCAUUUCUCCUUUGGUGAUCAUUUUAUCACUGCUCAUAAUCUUUUCUUGAUCAUGUAUCAUGUGCUGAUAUUGUUAGGAGAACUGAAAUUGUUGUUAGUCACGGGAUUUGGGUCAAAGUACGAGGUAAAUAAGUACUAUUUCGUUUGCUUCAGUGUGACCCAGGGCACGCAACCGAUGUGCUGUAUAACUCCCUGUACUUCAGAAAUCCCAUGAUAGCGGUGUUGGGCGCUGCUUGUCAAUCUGUGACUCGUGCGACUGCGCAGAGCGGGAGGAACUGGAAUCUACUCCAGGUAAACAUAAUUGUCAUAUACCGUUGAACACUUCAUGGAAAGUGCGCACGCUCCGUCGUAUCUACCUGUUGACGUCUCAUAAAUCCAAAAAGACCGUUUUGAAUAUAUGCCAUUUGCAUGAUGGCGUCAUUUUACUACUACGACCAGAAUCCUCCUGGUUUUGCUUUCUUGUACAAUGAGCGCUUUUGUAAUUUACACCUUGCUGUGAUUACCAAAAUUAAACAUGAAAAGAAAAAUGAUAAGGAUUCUGGUCAUAGUGGUAAGAUGACGUCAUCGUGCAACUGGCCUGUUGAAGUCACAAUAGCUCAUAUUAAAGGAACAACUCAAACGUACUUGAUAUUUUUCUUUCUUUUGUUAUUUUGCAAGCUCUCUAUAAUUGUUUUUCAGUGACAAUGAAAAUACGAAGCUAUUCUAUUCCAAUUUCCGGACUGUUUUCGCUUUUCCACCAGAAAAACUCUUCUUUAUGAACUCAACAAAUUUCUUUGUUAAAUGACUGCAAACAACUCCGCUACUAGCGAAGCGAGGGCACUGCAAGCACUUUGAAAAAAGGCGGGAAACUUGGCGAGAAACUCACGAACCGCUGUGGCUUUUGAUUGGACUAUCAUUUUAAUUUCCCGCAUGUGAAAAAACAUUGUUCGCGAUUCUGAUUGGACAUCAGUAUCAUUUUUUUUACGUGUGAGAAACAUCAUUCGCUCCUUUGAUUGGUUACCACUCAUUUGCGUAUGUAAAAUUUACAACGUAGCUUUUCACUGAGUAUAUCUCAGUAUGUAUGUAAGAAAUUUAGGUGCUUCUCGACAAGUUGUGACAAAAAGUAAGACUCUAUUAGAUGAAAGAAAAAAGAGAACUUUUUGUAGGUUGGCAUCCAUUUCCCUCUCAACUCCUAUCAAAUAUCUUGGGGAACACUCUGCGAGUUAAAUGCUUUGGAGACGUCCUAUACUAUCCGAAAGCUUCUUCUGAACCGACAUUAUCACGAUCUCAUAUCUCAAGUCUCGAAUGUUUUUUGUUUCCAUCAGGUUUCUUACUCUCCCAUGGCUUCGGAUCUGUCUAACAAAGACAAGUUUCCAUUGGUGUACAGCACUGUUCCUCCUUACUCUGCCGAGAACGCUGCCAGAUUGGCUUUCCUGAGAUACUUUCGCUGGAAAAGAAUUGCCACCAUACGACAAAAUGAAUACGUUUUUAAUGAGGUACUGAACGGUUUUUGCCCAGUCAAAUGCCUGACGUUUCGCUCGAGGUCUUCACAGAAGAGCCAUCUCAGUUUCGCGCGUUGGACCAAGGCGCCUAUAAUGAAGUAUAAACAACCUGAUACAUUUUUGUAAUAGUUUUGUUACAUAUGAAAAUCUAUUUAGCUUACAAGAGACUGCAUGUAUUUUGGCAGGUUAUGCAUAUGUUCCAAGAAAAUCUUUUAAACGAUGGCUUUGAUUUGAUAGCGGCAGAGAUAUUCAGUGAUGAUCCAAAGUCUAGUAUUGAAUCUCUAAAGGUAAGUCUGAACAAAGACCAGCACAUUUUAAAAGGUUCGUUCCAAAUUUUACUGUGAUCCGUAAAACGUUUUCUUGUGGAAUCCGAAAUCCGGGAAAGUUUUGCUUGAGGAUUCCGGAAUCCUAGUUUGGAGAACUCAUAAGUUAGCCUAAGGAAACCAGAAUUUCGCCAACGAUUGAACUCCAAGUUCCACUGGUAAGGAAUCCAGAAUCCACUGUGUGGAGUCCAGAAUCCAGGACUGUUUUGGAUUCACUUACGUGGAGCGAGAUGAGCGAAUCUUGAGUCAUUAUAUCUCAAUGUUUGAAGCACUUGUGAUUUUAAAGCUAUUAAAAGUAACCUUUUUCUCUUGAACAGACAAGUGAUGCCCGCAUCAUCGUAGGAAUGUUUGAUGAGGAAAAUGCGAGAAAAGUCCUCUGUGAGGUAAAUAAUUUUUGUUCUUUUGUAGUCGAGUAUCUCAGCUGUGAAUUACUUAGCUCUAACCUGUUACUACGACUCAGCAAAGGUGACAGAUUUUUCAUAAUUAUUUUAAAACUGACAUUUUGAACUUAGCCUGUUCUAGGCUUUCAGAUUGUAGGGGUGACGAGUAAAUGAAACGCGCGAAAAUAUGAGUGGGACCCGACUAUCUCGGAGCCUGAAACAGGCUAUUUAGAACUCAAAGUCAAUGGAUUAUUUGAAGCCAUAUCUUCCUGAGAGAAAAGUUGCUUUUUCAGGUCCUUUCAAAUUUUAUUCAGAAAAAAUCUUAUAAUAUAUAAGUGUAAUCGCUCCCAGUUGGCGUGAGAACCAUUUUCACAUAGUCAUUACUUGAAAGUUUAAAACUGAGUCUCCUGUUCAAUCAUUGAACGGUGUGCAGUUUAUCUUGUAAACUUAUUUGAUAAAAUGGCAACUCAACGAUGUAUUUAUUUUGUCAUCAUAGGCGUUCAAACAAGACAUAUAUGGAGAGAACUACGUGUGGCUUUUACUAGACUGGUACGACAAUAAACUGUGGUGGCAGGUCAAAGAUAAUGAGGUCAGAUGCACGGUGGAGCAAAUGACAAAAGCAGUUGAGGGAUACUUCUCUAUUGAGAGCGCCAGAAUUGUGUCAAAUAAGAAAGCAACCGUAGCAAAAAUUGUAAGUCAACAUGUCAAUUUUUAAACGUCUACUGCACAAGUAGAUUCAAGUUUAAGCAUAUAUAGAUAGGUAACUAAACAGAUAUAUAGACGGACAGACACUACAGACAAACAGACAGAUAGGAAGGUAGACAGACAGACAGACAGACAGAUAGACAGACCGUCGGGCACAUAGAGAGCUGAGGUAGAUACUCCGUUGAAGGGUAAAUGCAAGCUCCUAGAAACUGAACUAACUCCGGGGGAAGUAAUUAAAGAAAAAGGAUUACUAAAUAAAUAAAUGAAUGAAUGAAAAAAUGAAUAAAUAACGAUUUAGAGGUGGCACAUCCCGCAUUUGGUAGUUCUUCAUCUACCUGUUUCCUGAAAGAAUUGGAAUUUGGGAUUGUUGGUUUUUGAGGGGAGGGGACAACCGGAGUACCCAGAGAAAAACCUCCCAAGGCAAUGGAGAGAACCAUUGACAAACUACUCGAUCCACAUAUGCUGUCGACGCAGGGAUCUGAACCUGGCCACAUUAGUGGGAGCGACUGCUCUCACCAUUGCGCCACCCAAUAAGGCAUGCUCCUUAAACUUAAGUAAAAAUCUGCAUGUUAGGCUGAAAAAAAAAAGCGCUCCGAAGCAAAAACAUUAUCACUAUUAGUGGCAUAUCUUAAUGGUCCUGCCAGAUGUCAAAUUUCUGCUUUAUAUUUUGUCUAGACCUCUGAACAGUAUCUUCAGACCUACGGAGCGGCAAACAAAAACAGGACGGACCUUUACGUACCGUUUGCAUUCGACUCCGUGUGGUUAAUUGCUUUGACGUUGAACAAUUCAUUGCACGAAAUCUACACUAAACUGAACAGAUCUUUAGAGAACUUUAACUACAAAGAUAGUGCCAUGGUGGAAAUCCUUAAAAAUACGCUAAGGAAAUUGGAGUUCCGUGGAGUAACGGUAGGAAUGUACAUUUCUAUUGAUCGAACUAAAAUACUGAUACCAAUACCAUGAUGGCCAUUUUAGCAUAUCGAAUAGACUGAUACUUUUAUAGACUAAUCAGGACCUGAGGUUAUCAAAUCUCCAGGUGAAGCUGAAAAGCAGAAUUGACUUCCUGAGUAGCGUGAGGGCUAAGCAUUUGUCUGUUAACAUAGGGAAAUGAAAUGCCAGCUACUCUUCGCCCCACCGCCCAUUUGGGAAAUGGGGAGGGUGGGUGGGUAGGGCGAAGGGACGGCUGACAUUUUACACUAUUGCAAACGGCUGAAUAUGAAAUAAUGAUUGUUAACAUUCACGUCACAAAUUCAAUACUAUUAUCUUCCAUGAAAACAAAAUCACUGUUCCCUCUUUUUAGGGAAAUGUCAAAUUUACGAAUACAGGUGAAAGAACUCGUCCUACUUGCAUCAAACAACUACAGGGUAAGUUUGUAAGACACUAUAAAGACGGUCACUGUUAUAAUGGAGUAGAGGAAUUACACCCUGUAUGAACUACAGGGUUUUUUUACUACUUUGGCGAUGUGGUUUCUAGGUAUAGGCGAUAUAGGCAUUUGUCCCAGUUUCGGCCUGCUAAUGCUGGUUUUAAUUUUUUACUAUGGCUCAAUAGGAAGACGAUGGUUUAUGAUUUUUGGUGAUUUUGAUUCUUAUUUUUUUGUAGUAGAGAGGAACGUAUAUUUUACGGAAAGCUCCGAAUACGUAAUACCUCCACCGGGGCCUUCACCAUUUUUCAUGUUCUCUUUGUUGAUCUUGUGUUCGUUUUUUCCAGGCGGCGUUUCCACAGUAGUAGCCAUGUUUUAUCCCGAGACAAACAAGACUGUCUUUUCUGGUACUAAAGUAGUUUGGCAAGGUAUUUUAUGUUUAAUUUUUAUUGCGGUAUAAUCAAAUUUUAUCCACUUUUGUUACCUGCGUCAGGUUAACAUAUUAUAAACGCACGCAGUUUUACAACAAUAUAUUACGACACCUUAGUUCAUCUGCUGUAAGUCGUUACGGCUCAGUUUUGUGCAUUCCUUCAGUUCUUAUCUUCAUCUGACCUUCACCUGCAGUCGAGGCCAAAAUAAGUCUUCCUUUUUCGCAGUAUAGACAGCAAUUUGAUUUCAUGCAGAAACUAUAAAUCAGCGUCGCUUUUCCUAGACAACAGUAAUUUGAAGAAUUUGGAGAGUUCGUUCAGUUCUUAUAUUCAAUUUGCUUUUUGUUUUGUGUUGCGAAGGUAACGACCCUCCUUUAGAUGGUAAAGUCACCAUAUAUGAGGUGCAGUACAUUUCCACUCCUCUGUUUUGUGUGAUUAUCAUCUUUACCAGUGCAGGAAUUUUGCUUGGAUUAUCUUUUCUUUGGUUCAACAUCGAAAAGCGAAAUUACAGGUGUGUAUGCUGGCAUUGUUGUUUUUCUGUUGUUGCUGGCCCUUACCCAAAGUUAAGUUUCUUGACAAGAUGUACUCGAGUGAAAAUCAGUUUCUUCGUAAAGUGUUUUUGGAUUUUAAAGGGCCGUUAAGUAUACUGGUGUGUCAAAAGCCUGCGAGGCCUGCGAGAGGCACGAGCGAAGUGUUGGCAAAGGAGCUGUGAAGCCGUGCGGAUGGCUUCUGAUGUCGCGGCGAAACUGCAGCCUCGCCGCCAAAAAUCUCACAGGCGCAGAAGCAGUUCCCCAUGGUUACAUAAGCAAAUAUCGACCUUUUUUUGAAAUAUAAAGAACUGCAGCCUCUUCUUCUUUUGUUUACAUAUUUUAAUGGGACAAUUCCACCGUUCAUUUUACAUUUUGUUGUAGCAUUUAGCUGUUUUGUGUUUAUUUUUUCAGCUAUAUUAAGUCAUCAAGUCCAAACGUAAACAAUCUUGUAGUCCUCGGAUGUUUGUUUAUCUAUAUAUCUGUGUAUAUGAUCGCUAUAGACGGGAUGAGAGCUGAUACAGAUGACCUUCUGGGAUUAUGCAUUGUAAGGUUACCUCUUUGUUUCUGUUACUGAACAUACAGUUGACAGUUCCGCUUGCUUUGAAGGUCCCUAAUAGGGUUCUUCAAUUCCCUUAUCCCGACCCAAAUUUUCGCUCAAUCCCGUAAUCCCGAUUAAAAUUUCUGCCCAAUACCGUAAUCCCGAUUCAAAUUUCCGCUCAAUCCCGUAAUCCCGAUUCAAAUUUCCGCUCAGUCCCGUAAUCCCGAUUCAAAUUUCUGCUCAAUCCCGUAAUCCCGCUGGUUAUUUUCGGCAUCCCGCAUCCCGCGCAUACUUUCAAUCCCGAAUCUCGUCCCCGUUUUGCUUUAAGAUCCCAAAUCCCAACCCGCAAAUGACGCAAAUCCCGGAUCCCGAAAACCUACUGGAAACCCUCUGCUUUCCUUAUGCAGGCUAAGUCACGCCUGUCCUUUUGGGUAUGGGGUGGGGGGAGAGUGUGCAUUAGUCUCUGGCAGUGCAAUUGCUCCGUACUGUGUCACGACUGGUAGCCUGCACUCUAGCCUGCGUAGCUGGUGGCUCUGGGACCGGGGAGAGGCAAUGAGAAACUAGCGGUUUUGAAUUCUUUCGCGGCUUCGGCGCUCUUUUAUGCGUGCGCUCGCCAACAAACUUGCCGCUUGGGCUUCAUGAAAGGUUCACUUUAAAAUUUAACAAGCAUUAGAGCCAAAAAGAGUAGUACUAACACUUGCUCUAAGCGGAAAACGCUUUAUGUAUGAAUGAAUACUUUGCUUGUUAAAAAAGGAUUAAAAACCUUAAAAAUGCUCCAACAAAGUGUGUUUUUGGUUUUAAGGUUCGAGGCUAUCUCCUCUCUAUUGGGUACAGUCUGGCUGUUGGUGGGAUGUUUUCAAAAACAUGGAGAGUGUACCAGAUCUUCAGCAACAUUAAACCCAGACGAAAGGUACAUGCAAUAAUAUUCUCCUAACUUAAGUCCCUCAAUCUCUAGUCUUCAGCAAGGUAGCCACUCUUUGUAGGAAAGGUUAUAAGUAUUUUUCUAGAGCUUCAUUGUUCCUCACAGGGUCUACUGAUAUAGAAACUGUUCGAGUGGCCAUACUCCCGUUCAUAAGCUCCCCCAUUUUAGCUCCCCCCGUCUAAUUAUAAGACCAUCGACCUGUCAACAGCAAAGAAAAUACAUUCCACUAUAAGUCCCUCUGCGAAUGUUUUGCCUUGAUUUAAAAACCAGCAAAUGUAAAACGUCUUUUGGACAGCACCGCUAAAGCUUGUUUCGAAGCGCUUUUUCUGUUCGGGUUAUAUAAGCUCCUCCGUUUAUUAGCCCUCCUAAAACCUAUUACGAAGAUAUAUAGAUAUAUGGUAGAGAGUGUCGAGAAUACUCCCUAUGGCAGAGAAAUGAUAAUUGAAGCAGUGUGGCUUAAAGAUCAGGUCCCAGUUGUUCGAAAGGUGGAUAACGCUAUCCACCGGAUAAAUCAUGCACUGUCCAGUGGAUAGCUCCAUCGGUUUCCCUAAUAACUAUCCGCUGGAUAGUGAUUUAUCCGGUGGAUAGCACUAUCCAACGUUUGAACAACCCGGGCCAGGAGAAAAGUAACCCAAUUACUCUUUUUACGUUGCUGACGUUAAGUAAAACGAAAGCGGGUGCAAUGGCCAAACUCAGUUCGUCGGUCACUUAUCAUUGAUUUCCCCAAACUGAUAUCAAAACUGUGUGCGGCAAAUGCAAACUACAAAGUUGCAGACUGGCAGGUAAACGAAGUAAAAAUUCGGCUAAAAUAAUCUUAAAGAAAUCCCUACCACUAAAAUUCAAAUCGUUUCAGUCUUCAGUAGUUUUCAGAGCAUUUCACAAUGCUGUUUACCUUGUUUAUUUGCUAGUCUAUACAACUCUUCUCAUAUCUUUUCUCAUAUCUCAACCUCCGGUUCCUUAGAUCUUCUCAAAUUGGGAGCUAACAGGCUUGAUAUUGAUCCUGGUGCUACUUGAUAUACUGGUGAUGUCACUGUGGGUUGGUGUGGACACUCCUGAGAUUGUUACAAUUAAUCUGGAGUCACAGGUUAGUAUCGCAUGCAAUCUUUCUAUAUUUUAGCCUGUUCCUACCUCAGCCCCUCGCUGUUUUUGCUGCUCGCAUCUUUGCGCCAACUUCACAAUCUGGACGUCUGGAACAGCCUAUCUGCUUUUAUUCAAUUUCGCCAAACUUGGUAUUGGCCUACAUCCCCCCCCCCCCGCCCACCUAAAUAGCGGCAAAGUGUAUCUUAUAAUCCCCUCCUUUUUUCGUUUUAGUGAAGAUGGAUAUCACUUUCUUAGUUUGUCUUUCUGUAGGUGAGAAAAGAAGCUAAUCAAAGGAUUAUUCCACAGCAUCAGUAUUGCACGUCCAAAUAUUUAACCACGUGGUUAUACAUUCUACUUGGAUACAAAGUACUCCUAUUGCUGGUUUGCUGUUUCAUCGCGUGGGUCACACGCAGGGCCAAAGUCCACUCGCUCAAUGACUCGCGUUUGGUGUCAAUGAGCGUGUGUACCAUAGUACUCUGUGUCAUAGUCGGAAUACCGCUGUCCUUCUUGAUUAAUGAUCACGUAAACGCUCUUGUUGCUUGUAUGUCAUUCAUCCUGCUGCUUGCCUCGACAGUGACGUUGUGCCUUCUCUUUAUACCCAAGGUCAGUGCGAGCUCAGAACUUCCUCAUAAACGCUCGUCUUAAAUUUACAAUAGGCCCAUCCACCUGUAAACAAAGACCUCACGCGGUUAUAAGCCCCACUCUAGUUUGUAUUUUAAUGAACUCAAAUCAAUUUAUUAUGACAUUUGGAAGCUUAAUUAAAAUCCGCACAUGCAAAACGAAUUUUGAUCAGCCUUGCUAUAGCUUCUUUAUAUCCCCCCCCACCCCUGGAUCGGAUACAGGCCUCUACGUUUAUAAGCCCACCUUCAACCCCUUACGAAGUGAGCUUAGAUCUUUGGCAUUUACAGCUGUGUUUUAGAAAUGCAGGCGAAUUCUCUCUCGCCCUUUAUAGUGGAGGGGGUUAGAAUCCUCUGCAAAGACGGGGGACCUCUCUAUUUCAAGAGGAUUCGGAAGGAGGUCUGAGUGUGUUUGGCGGAAGGAUCGAGGAGCCCCUAUGUAGUUCUCAAUAUCUUACUCAUUUUCCCGCAAAUCCCACUCACAUUGGCAAGAGCGCAUGACAGCGGCAGACGAGUGUAAUAAGAACCCAGUCCCAGUUUCUCAAAUCCCAUUUUUCGGGUGAAAAAAUAAUCAAUUACCAUUUUUUUUCCCCUUAGGACCCUUAGAAAGGUUGAAGAUGGAUAUUUCACAGAAAUGUGCACUUUGACUUGAUUAUUCGACCCUUCUAGACUUCGGAGAAUCCAGUAUGAUAGCUAUGACCUCAGCCUCCGGUACAGGAACUGGCAACGUAAUUCCCAUGUAACAACUGACGUUUUUGCUUUGUAUCACAGAUAAUCAAGCUCAAAAAGAACGUUGAAGAGGAUUUACAUCGCCUGCAGUCCCUGUCUUCCACUGGGAGCACCCCAUCCAAGACUAGGGGUACAAGUAGCAGCUCUUCUGGAUCCCAGCUCGCAGAAGACCCAAAUGUGGUCAUGAGACUUCAAGAAGAAAUAACGACGCUUAAGCAAGAAAUACGAACGAUAAAAGACAAAUAUAAAGAAAAAGAGACUUCGAAACUGUCAGUUAAGGUCGCUAAUCCGAUUGAAAAUGGCAGAGCAGGGAGAACAAUUUCGCCUUCCCCACGACCAUCUCCGAGACCGCAACUUGGAAAGCGUUCUGUCACCUGCAACACUGCAAAAGAAUUGGGUGUAAAAAUACGACGGAGGAAAAGGUCAAGUUCUUUCUCUGGGCCAUACUGGCAUGGACAAUCGCUGGACCUUGGUUCCUUGUAUUCAGAUCUCGCAGAUCCUGUUUUAGUCUUGAAAGCGGAAAAUAAGGAACUCCACAGAAAACUACAGGAAGCUAGGAUUUUCGAGAGUGGCAAACUGGCCAAAGUGUUGUACGAGAACGCGCAACUAAAUAGGCAAAUUGUUGAGCUGAAUAUUAAGAACGCCCCAAGCGAUGAGGCUGAGAAAGUGUCUCGGCUGGUUAAGGAGAACGCGGAGUUGAAAAAACAGCUGGGGGAAGUGAGCAUUUUGAAUUCGGUUUGGUGCGAUACAACACCUUCCUUAAAAAGGAAGGAACGAGAAGACAGAAAGAUUUCCAGAGAACUUAGAGAGGUAGGGGUCAGAGAAAGUUUUAAUUUUAUUCCUUUUCAGUUAUCCUGUGCGCCAACUCCUUUCCUUUCCCUAUUACUUUAUGGCGCAAAGAGUUAAAGGGAGAGGCGCUGCGAAAAGGCUACACACUUUUUAGCCUUGAUCACCUUUCAAGAUUUUUUGUCCGUGAUAAUGCUCCUGUCAUGAUUUCUUUCAUUCGCAGCCCAUCCAUCUUGGUUCGGAUCGCCAAAGAUUGUUGUGAUUGAACCCUUCUUUCCGUCACUAGCCUGCGAGCAAGCUUUGUGAAAAAUCUCUAAGGGCGACUCAGAGGACAAACGAACGGAAAAGAAAGGGAGUUUGCUAGCAGGCUAUCCGCGGUAAUCCGCUCCCUUGGGACCGGGAUUGGCCAAGGAGAAUGAAUAAGCUCUUUAAAUAUUGCCCAACCGUUUAUAAACCCUUUCCGCCAAACUUAUUCCCCAGGGAGUGUAUAAGCGAUUUAAUUAUUGAAAUUGAAUUUUUUCCAUAUACAUCUGCAUUAUUCUCCUCCUACAGCUCCAGCAUUUGCUGAGUGUUGACCUCGGUGGGCGCAGGCCUGGUUCCCUCAAACAGUCGCCUCUCUGUCGCCCUCCUCCCAUUGGCCGAUCACAAUCUUCUACUGACUUAAAGUGUUAUCGGAACAGCUGGAGUUCACUUGACAAGAAAGCAACCAUUAGUCCACUAGCAAAGGACGACACGAAGAGAUUCAGUUUUGAGGAUGCUGGCAGGAAACAGAAGUUAUGCUCCAAAGACUCAAGAACUGACAUUCAGGUAACUGUUACUGACACUGAAAAGAGUCCAGCGCAGUCACAGACAGCGCAUGCGCAGUCCAUGGUGAGACAGGAAUUAGACGGCGCAAGCCCAAACACAAUUCGUAGAGAUAACAUCGAUGGCUGCGAGUCGGAAAAGGAAAGUUUCGAUAUCAAAGGAACUACUAACGUGGGGUUUAGCGAGGAAGAGGACAGUGUUCCAGAUGCUGUGGUUGGUGUUAGAGACUUUCACUUAUCAUGCAAAGGCGUUCCAAAUGAAUGUAGUGGGGAGGAUUCUAAAAAAAGAAUUCCAGUGCAUUUAAUUGAGGAGCCAGUUAAGAGCUAUUUGGAACACGGGGUGGUUGAAGGGUGUAAUUACUGGACCUCAGUCAGCGUUGAUGAGCUUUUAAAGGAAACGAGUAUCUCCAAGGAACCGAAGAACAGUACUGAAAAUCAGGAUACCUCGGAGGAGUUGGGUGGCACCCUCAGCCAUCACAUGAUGGCCCCAUCAGGAACUAAACACGAUGCCACACCAGGGCCCCAGAGAGUGCCGUUAUUUCUGUCAAACCCGGAUGAAACCGUUUCACCUCCAGAUUCAGGUCUUCACAAAAACGAAGACAUUCCUAGUUCGCUUGUGCUUGCUAAUUUAGAUGCUGCAAUUGAUAAAAACGGCAAUCUUAAAAGCAGUGGCCAGGGCAAGGACGCUUUUGAGAACAUUAAUAAACCAGUACCCAUUUCAAGUAAAGAUGGAGGGAAGGACAAAUCAAUUGAAAGGACACUUUAUUCAAGCGGACAUGACGCAGAUGAUAGUGAAAAAGAACGUUCGCUUUCCGGCGGAAGUCCUAAGGAUGUCCCCGCUUACAAGAGGAAGCAAAACAGAAGAACAAAAGAGAAAUCAAAACCUGGCAAAAUAGAAAAGACAUACUUCGUUUAA